AUGACGACGAGAGUGGCUUAUGGCUUGCUGCUGCUGGCGAUAUGGUCAUUAGACGAUGUACAAACUCACUCGCGCGCUUAUGCCUGCAUCAAUACAACCCCCCAGGAUCCGCUUCCCCACAUCGACGACUGCUACUUAUGUCAAAAAUGCCACACUGGUAAGCCCAGUGGCCGGCGACUGCUGGCUCAGGGCUCCUUCCACGGCGCAGGAGACGCCGCCGCGUCGCAGCUGGCGUCACGCAACUUGGCAUCAGCAACAGCCGCCACAGCUGAUUCCUCGUCAGGGGCCGACCUCUCAGCAGACCAGGCUGGGCCUUAUGCCCAUGCAGCCUCACAAACAGAUGGUGGGCCCAACGGCAGGACCCUACAGGCGGCAGCGGAACCCAUGUACGUGCCGCCAGACUUCCAGUUCCACAUCAUGCCACAAAAGGAGGAGAUCGCUCUGAAGAGCUCCAAACCCAAUUGCACUGAAUGCUACGGCUGCGAUACCCAGAUCGAACCCCUCCAGGGCGUGGUCACCGCGGCGCACGGCCAGACGUUGCGGGCCGAAGUGGGCGCUUCGCCGGAGUGGCUCUUCCUAGCCGAUCUUCCGGAUGCGGGAACCACGGGCCAGCGGGCGGUGAUCAAGGUGUGGUGCAUGCCUAUUGACAAGGUGCACGGCACGUUCUCUUGGCGCUGCAGCAACACAGGGGAGGGCGCCAAGGCGGUGCAGUUCCUGAUGGCGCAGCAGAAGGUCAUGGAGGAGUGCGGUCUGAUGGACGUCACGAUUAAGGUGUGGCCCGGACGCGUCAACGCCGUGGUGCCUGGCCACGGCCUGCACGUGUGGUGGGACGGCCUAUGGAUGGAGCGUGCGGAGGGCCUGUCUCUCAACCAGAUCUCCUACAGGCACACGCGCAACUUUGUGACGGGAAGCCUCCUCACGGUCAUGGACAAGCGACUCAACCGAACGCGAGUGUGCGACAGACACUCGCAGAACGUUUUUCUAACGGAGACGGGCGAGAUCAAGCUGAUUGAUAACCUGCAGGCCCUGCAGUUCAGCUGGGUGAACUGCGCCAUGGACUCAAUCUUUCUGCCGGGGACCCAGAAAAACAUGGUUAUAAAGUGGGGUGGCAACACGGCCUUCAAGAUUCGGAACGCAAAAGUACGGCGGUCUCUCAACCCCAUGGUGGUUCUCGACUACAGGUGCUACGUGGAAAACGGCAGGAUAGGCAAGAACUAUGACCCCACGCUGCGUCAGUGCCUGACGAAGCUGAGUGGCAUGACGGCCAAGCAGAUCCAGCUGGAGUACGGCUUCCCGUACGUGGCAAGCGCAGCCGUCCUGCAGCAGCGAGCGGCAGACAUGAUCAACAAGGGUUUUGAAUGGACACUUCGCUAUGGCAAGCCGCGCAGCUUCCCGCCCAAGUCUUAUCGCCCACAGGAGCCCUGCUGUGGCCUUAAUGCAACGGAGAAGGGCGUGUUGUACUGCGCCCACGAAUGGGCCAACAAGGUGGAGCUGCCGUUUGGUGAUCCGCAGAGCGGUGGCGAGUGGCACCGACCGUACCCGGACCCUGGGACGCACCAGGGCGGCACAUUCUUGGAUUUCCCGCAGGAAUCGGACUACUGA